AUGUCAGGCUCAAAUACUGACAAGGUACAGGAGGACCUCAAGAAGUUUUCCGCGGAGAACAUCGAUGCUCACAUCCAGGCAUCUACGUUUACUGAUGACAUCCAAAAUCUUGGAGCUGACUGCUUGCGCUCCAAUGUUUCACUGCACGGCUUUGCAGCGCUUUGGAAGCGAUCCGCCCAAGAGGCUUUUGCUGAUGCAACCUGGCUAGAGUCGUAUCUCGUCCAGCGUGGUGGCCGAUCCAAGCCAAGUGACAUCCCUGCGCCCGAUAUUGAGUGGCCUGAUGACCCUGUCGAUCCCGUCCAGCCCGUCUAUGCGGCCCUGCAGACUGAGAAGGAAAUUCUCGAAGAUCUUCACCGUCUAUGUGCCGCUGCAGAGAAGGCCGGUGACAACGCACUGGAAGAUGUCAUUGAGAGUCGCUUCUUGCGCAAGGAGACGCGCCAUGUCAAGGACUUGGGCGACUUGCUGCAGCAGUGUGUCCGUAUCAGCAAGCAGGCUGGUCACGGCUUAUAUCAUCUUGACAAGGAGCUUCGUGCUAACAACGGAGUUGUGCCGUGGGCAAGCUUCAACGAUCCUGACAAGUCUGACGAACUACUUCGAGGUGUUGUUAAGGACCUUUACAAAGCUGCGGUCUAG